CGCACGUGUCUCUUUUGCACGGGAAGCGUUGUUGCUUCUUGUUCGCCGCGCUCUCGAGCUCCCCGUUUCUUCCUCCCUAUCACCUCCCCAAUCUCUCUCUCUCUCCGUUCUCCGAAUGGUUUGAUCUUGUUCUGAUACCAAAUCUUUAACUUUGCUCUUUGAUUUUAGGUAGGUAGAAUUUAGGAUCAUGGUGAAAGACACCGAGUACUAUGAUAUCUUGGGCGUCAGCGUUGAUGCAUCUUCUGCUGAGAUAAAGAAAGCCUAUUACCUCAAGGCAAAAUCAGUGCACCCAGAUAAAAAUCCAGGAGAUGCACAAGCUGCUCAUAAUUUCCAGGUACUUGGUGAGGCUUAUCAAGUCCUGAGUGAUCCUGCAAAACGGGAAGAAUAUGAUAAGCAUGGAAAGGAGGGUGUACCCAAGGAUUCCAUGGUAGAUCCUGCUGCUGUCUUUGGGAUGGUUUUUGGAAGUGAACUAUUUGAAGAUUAUGUUGGACAGCUAGCUUUAGCAACCAUAGCUUCGAUAGAAGCUGAGGAAUCACAGGUUUUAGAAACUCGGAGACAAAGAGUGCAAGAGAAAAUUAAGGAGUUACAGAAAGAAAGGGAACAGAAACUAGUCCAAAGUUUGAAAGAUCGUCUUCAUCUAUAUGUGACUGGGCAAGAACAGGAGUUCAUUAAUUGGGCAAACUCUGAAGCUUGUCAUCUAUCUCGAGCUGCUUUUGGGGAGGCUAUGCUCCACACUAUUGGAUAUAUAUAUGCCAGACAAGCUGCAAGAGAAAUUGGCAAGAGCAGACGAUACAUGGGCAUGCCAUUUGUAGCUGAGUGGGUAAGAGAUAAGGGCCACUUUGUUAAAUCACAAGUUAAUGCAGCAUCAGGUGCAGUUGCAUUAAUACAGCUUCAGGAAGGGAUGAAAAAGACAGAAGGAAGUGACGACAAGGACCUUACGAUGAACAUUGAAGAGAAAAAGGAUGCAAUGCUUAGUUCCUUGUGGAAAAUAAACGUACUCGACAUAGAAUCAACACUUUCACACGUCUGCCAAGAAGUUCUCAAAGAUAAUAGUGUUUCCAAGGACGUGCUGAAGUUGCGAGCCAAGGCGUUGAAGAAGUUGGGAACAAUUUUCCAAGGUGCUAAAGCUCUUUAUAGGCGGGAAAACAGUCUUCGUGUCGAGACUGGAACCAGUGGCUUCAUGCGAUGAACAGCAGCCUUGUCAAAGAUAUGUAUCGAUCAAAUUGUCAUCACUGAUGUUUAUGGUGAAGAGAACUUGUAUUAGAAAGUGGCUGCUAGAAAUAGUAUGCAAUGUUCAUCUGAAAUCAUCAUGUCUUGGGAGUACCCAUCCUUGAUUUGGUUUCUGAUACUGCCUAGGUUGUAUCCACUUCUUGGAUCAUCAAUGGCAGCAUAACAUAUCAUAUUUGGCCAUAGUAUAGGGUUUGGAUGUUUCACACCAAUAUUAAGAUUAAUCCAUGUCCAAUUUUUUUCUU